AAUAAUAAUUCGCAAUUUACUUUUGCUGGUUGAGUUGUUAUAUAAAGGAAUCAUUUCGAGUAGAACAUAAUAUGGAUUUGUGAAGCAAAACAAACAUAACUUGGUUACAUUACAGUUAAGUGUGAAUUGAACUUGUAAGCUAAUGUAGUGCUUGUUAUUUGAAUUAAGCAGUUAUUUGUAAAUCACUGUAUGAUGAAUAUUGGUGUAACAUCAUUGUACACAUGAUCUAUGUUUUUAAAUAGUCUUACAACCGGUUGAACGAAUGCUUUUGCAAUACAAAUAUUGUAGUACUACAUAAUAUGUAAUAUAAAUGGACGUGUUCGUCUGAAUUCCAGUUUGAAAACAAAACGAUGUUUUCAACACAACCAUGUUUUCUGUGCCGCUUAACACACCAAAAGCGUACCAUCUGUACCCAUUGAGUACGAACGAAGAAUAAGGAAGUUUGUUUGUAUUCAUUGGUGCGUUUAACCGUACAUUAACAUUUUAUAUUAUGCUUGACAAGAGGCGCGUUUAAACUAUUAAAGCAGUUGAUAUUUUUCAACAAACUGUAACACAUAUAUAAAGCGGUGUCGCACACAUGGUAUUAUAUGAUUUACUGUUUAAAACAGGACAUAAUGUACAGUAUGGCAAUUAAAAAUGUGGGAUGUAUCAUCAUUAUGGCACUGUGUACCUUCAAAUUGUGUUUAAUGGAUCCAGAAUUACGUUUACAUUCAAUCAAUGACCUGGAAACCGACAAUAUUCUUGAGAUUUAUUUGAACGGCAUAUGGCGUGCACUUGGAGGAAACCCAUUUUCAGAAGUGACAGCACAAGUCAUCUGCAACUAUUUUGGAUAUGGAUAUAUAGGUUACAGUGCAGAGCUGACAAAUGCAGAGUACAAUUACACAGGAGGCGUAUGGUCCUAUGGUCAGAAUGUUUUGAAUUGCAAAGAAACUGCCACUGCCUUAGGAGAAUGUGUUAAUCCUGCGUAUGUUAAUAUAACAACGGCAAUAAGUCUGUUGGGUUAUGAAAGGCUUCCCCGGAUUAAGUGUUCAAAUUUUACAGUAUCAGACAUUCGCUUAACUGGAGGGGAAGUUCCCAGUGAAGGGCGCUUUGAAAUAUUGGUUGGCACACAAUGGGGAACUGUUUGUACAUAUAGCCCUCCUACACCUGGAGGGUAUCCUCUAGGCUUGGUCAAUGAGGAUAGUAUAUGCCAGAUGCUAGGAUAUUUUAACAGUACGAUUCAACCAGGACGUUUUGACAAAAGCCAACUUACAAACAAUGCGUCUUCUCCCGUCCUGAUGACACUUGAAGGCUGCUCGGAUUUAAACUCACUAGACUUUGAAACACAUUGUAAUGUCAUAAAAGGUGAAUUUAUUUACUGCAAUUUCCACGAACAGGAUGCUCUUAUUAUGUGUGAAGCAAUACGCCUAGUUGAUGGACCAAACACGUACUCAGGACGAAUAGAAACCUCGAUAAGUGGACAAUUGGUGACGCUAUGCGACUAUCUCUUUGACAUCAAGACGGCAAACGUUGCCUGUAAUAUGCUCGGAUACAGUGGAGCAAAAGAAGUCAUGUCAUCAACUCGAUAUGGUGUUGGUCAAAUGCCUUUGUAUACUGGGAGAAUAUCCUGCAAUGGCAACGAAAAGUCAUUGGAACAAUGCCACCACGAUCCAAUUGAAGAUUCAUUAUGUAACAAACAACGAAUUGUCGGCGUGGUAUGCCAAGGUGGUCCGAUGAAACUAGAGCCGUUUGCAAAUAAGCCAUAUGAAGGUGUUUUUACAACUUCGCACGCCGGUAAAUGGUAUCACUUCACCGGUAACGUCAGUGAUAUAACAGCGAAGACACUCUGCAAUAUGACUGGCUUUGGUUUCAAAGGAUAUGGAAUUAGUCUUCCUGAGGGUUCAUUGACUAUACAAAGACAGUCACUCAAAUGCUUUGGAAAAGAAACUAAUGUUUUGGAAUGCACAUCGGAACCAUUUGAAUGUAUACAUAGAGACUACACUUCGCGUGGGGCAUGUGUGUUCAAAAAACAUGGCGUUCUGGGCCUCUACUGUAAUGAUUAUCAUAUUGAGGAUGUAAGGCUGACACAAGUGUGGGCAGUUCCGUAUCAAAAAUUAUUUGAGGUGUUUGUCGACGGUGAAUGGGGGAUAACUUCUGCAGAACUUGGAAAGAUUGAAGCUCAAAUCAUAUGCAAAUACUUCGGAUAUUUAAAUGGUGAAAACACGUUCGAAGGAACAUUCAAAAAUUACAAAUUCAAAAUAAUUGGAGAUCUGAAAUGCAAAGGAAAUGAAUCAUCUCCGUUUGAAUGUGCCUUUGAGCACCGUGGCUACCUGGAUGUACUUGAAUAUCACUUUACGAUGGUUCAUUGUACAAAAGAAUGCCACAAAGCCAGAUAUGGAUAUGAAUGUGACAAAGACUGCAUGUGUAUUUCGGCGAAUACAGAAGACUGUGAUGACAUGUCGGGUAAAUGUACAUGUAUACCAGGAUGGUCAGGGACAUACUGUGAAACAGAUAUCAACGAAUGUCUAACUACAAACAUAUGUCCGGGUGGAAUGGAAUGCGUUAAUCAAAGCGGUUCUUUGUGCAGUGAAGCUAACACGGAGUGCACAAACAUCGAUGGAGGGUUCAAGUGUGACUGUGUAGAAGGAUAUGCUAGAGACAACAAUGAUACAUGUUUUGCUUUAAAGGAGAAUAAUUUUUCAAACAUCUUGCUCAUAGUGAUAAGUUCAUCUCUGGUCGCUGUUUUAUUGAUUUGCGUGUUUGUUGGAGUAUGCUGCUGUGUGAGCAGAAACAGACAGAAUGGUAGGCCAAGCUCGCCGGCUGCGGAAUUACCGACGGCUGUAGGAAUGAAAGAUGUUGUUCAAAGCUCAUUAGAAACUCGCUCAGAUAAUCAAGAGUCAUCCUAUUACACAAUACAAGACGCAGGAAACUACGAGUUGUUGAAUAAGACGCCAACAUCUGAAGCUGACUACAAAACACUUCAGUGUUACGAUGUUGACACUGACGGAUCUCUGAAGCCAAAAUAAGGAUUCUGUGUAAAAUAAAAUCACUACGAGUUAUAACUUUAUUUUAUGAUUGAUUUUCCUUGCAAACUUCACAUGAAACAUAUGGCUUGAUUUUGUAAAAACCUGUUUGUUUUAUGUCGUUAAUAUGUAAUAUCAUAAUAGUAUGUGUGUGUGUGUGUGUGUGUGUGUGUGUGUGUGUGUGCGUGCGUGCGCGCGUGUGUGUGUGUGUGCGUGUGUGUGUGUGUGUGUUUAUUGCCUUGUACAAAAAUGUGCAUCCAUCUACAUAUAGUAUUCAUGCUUGCUCUAAAAUGAAACUGGUAAUGGUCCAUAACCCAUGCCGUAAGAUCCAUGUGUGUUGAUUGUUAAACUAAUCAUAAGAAUUCAAUACAUUGCCUGUGCUUUUCAAACUUAUCAUUGAUUGAUACAGUUUGCGUAAAAGCUAUUUGUAAGAUGUGUCGAUUAUGUAGAAAAAAACGUUUUAGCUCAUUAUGUUAAUGUACCUUCAUGUGUCCGCAUUUCGCUAUGUGGGUGACAUUUUAUAAUUAAUGUAAAUUAGUUAGUAAACAUUUCACUAAAACGAAUUCAACUGCACUGACCUUUUAUAUAUUUUCUUUAUGCAAAAAUAUACCAUUGGCUUAAUAAAAUAGCUUUUAUGA